ACAUGACCAAUGUGAAAAGUGUUCUUUAGGGUUUUACCCAGAGAUGUUUUCUAGAUAACUCAGUAAUCCUGUUUUAUGACAACCCACAAGUGUUUCUUAAUAUUUGAAUUGAUGAAUUUCCUCCCCAACGAAUUAAAUUCAUUCAAACAAGUCCAUCUGAAAGGUAUGACACAGAAAAGGAAAACAAGACUGAAUCUGGUUCUUUGUUUUGUGAAAUAUCUCAUGAACUAUGUUAUGAUCCGGAGUCCUUUACUACAGGUCUACUUCAUGUUUUUUAUGUAUUAUUUACUAUAAUGUCUUGUUCUGAAGAGGUGAGAUUCAUUGUUAAAUUAAGACCAACUGUGUGAGUUAUAUUAGGUUGGACAAACUCCUUCUGUCACCAUUCAUUCACAGUGACGGUUUCGUUCAUUCAACUAAACAGAGCUUACAUCAGGGAGCUUUUGGAAAUUUCACGUCCUGACUGCUCCAAGACCGUGGAGGUCGUUUGUGUAAUACGCUGGAUAAAUGUUUUCUUUAAAGACGAAAAUGUGUCUCUCUAUAUUAGUUACCAGUAUGCUCCUCGAUAUUCAUCUAUCGCUAAAUGAAUUGCAAGAGGAUUUUCUUAAUCUCACAGCUGGUGAAUUAUUCACAGAUACAAAGAGACCGUGUUUGAGGUAACACUACAAUGAAGGUCGAAAUCGGUAUAAUCUAAUAAAAACGGCAUAACAAUGCGUGUUCAUGUGAACCGAUGUGUCUUUGCAGAAUAUCAAAAUGCAACAAGGAUAAGGGCCAGCGUCCGCCUGGCACGUCACUGAAGUCUGACAGGCGCGAGACAAAUGGGCGAUAGUCAGCGACAGAAUGACACAAUGAGCGGAAAAUUGAACGAGCCAAGGAAAUUGAGCGGAAACGAAGCACUGGACCUGAACAGCUUGCGUCACAACGGUCCCAGCAAUCCGGCUUCUUUCCAAUGACGAGGGGUAUCCUAAACGCGGGUAUCAACAGGGUAUACGGGGAGAAGGGAUGCACGGAGCAACAAAGGCACGUAAAUGUACGUCACGAGUCAUUCCAUAUUAACAUGGGUUAUUUUUCAUUAAUUUGUUAGUUAUAGUAAGCUAAUUGAAACUAAGAGAAACACCAGGGAGAAACUGAGGGAAAAUACUCCCUGCAUACAAGUGUGCAGUGCCCGCCACCCGCUCACUUUUCUGAAUGAACAGAGUACGAUUUCAUUCAUGUCUUUUCCAGUCAUUCAUUACUGCGCCGUAGCCUAUCGUCGGAGUUCAGUCAAGACACAAAAAAAAAUCUUAUCAAUGGAAGACCUGACGUCAGCGGCGCUGCGAUGACUUUUGGAUCACAUGGGCAGACGUGUCCAGAUAUAUAAAUAUAUAUUGAAGUUGCUGUCUUCAGAAGAAAAAAAAGAAAAAACAUCGCGAAUAACCUACAGUAGACGAAGCACGAUCAUCCUACCUGUGACAUCACACUGCUGUAACUCAUAAGUUUUUUUCAGUCGAAUAAAAAACAAGUUCGUUCACAAAUCGCUUUAAAACGGAUAGCAUUGUCACCUCAUUUCUCAACCAUGGUUGUGCACUAAGAAAGGGGAAACGCAAAGUUACUCCAGUCCUACUCCUUUCCCCGGAUUCAAGGUGCUUGCCCUGUCCCCACUGCCUGCUGCUCCAUCCUCCCCGCGCUGCAUUGUCAUGACCAGGUGUCACCGUUCCUCCUGCACCUCACUUUUUCUCUUAGCCCUCCUCGCCGUCGCCCCCCAGCUGGCCAGCGCUGUCUCUCUGCCCGCCAACGACAGCCCCUCCAGCAGCAGCAGCACCAGCAGCAGCAGCAGCAGCAGCAGCAGCAGCAGCAGCAGCAGCAGCAGCAGCCGUGGCCAUCAUGACAUCCAGGUCCAGCAACUGGCGCAGGCAACAGUGUCCAAGGUCGGGCACGGCGCUACCAGGACGCACCGCAGAGACGACGCCCGUGUGCCGGCCGCGUUCCAGCAAAGUUCGCCGUCUUCAGACGUAAGCGCAGCCUGGGCGCUCGCUUCUAUUCUGAUGAACUCGAUUGACCAUCCGAGGAAAGAGGUGGAGGAGAGAGGCGCAGGGGGGCACGUGACAGACGCGGACGGUGAUGAUGAGGGGGUGAGUCGGGAAGGAGCUGGCGGGGAGCUGGGAUAUACGGAAGACCAGAUGGAAGAGGAGGAGAGCGUGGAGUCACUGAGGGAGGAGGUCAACAUUGCAGCUCGCCAACUGGCAGAUUAUAGUGAGCCGUGGGACGCGGACGAACAGCAGGAGAAGGAAGAGAGAGAUCAAAGGUCACCCCUGACCCAAGAGGGGAGCGAGCUGGAGGAGAAGGAGGAGGAGGAGGAGAGGGUUUUUGAGAAGCAGGUAGAUGAUGUGGUUGAGGCCCUGUCCAAAACCAGCACCAACAGGAACGCUGGCAAGCUGCAGCGCGAGACCAGAGGCUACUUCCAGAACAUUGACCUUGGUCUCCAGGACAACGAGAUUCUUCCACCACUGAAGGGCUACAAGGCGUACAACCAGCAGCUGGCACAGGCCACCAAGAAGCUGAAGUGGCAAGAGGACAAGACAAAAGAGCCGGCCCCCACUUACGAAAGAAACUUUAUGGACGACUUUGACAACCCUGAGCAGGACGAGGACGAAGAGUCGCUGGCACGGGAAGAUGAGGAGGCCAGGGCGCGGGCCGAGCAGGAGGAGGUGCGGAGGCAGCAGGCUGAGGCGGAGGCGGCUCGAGAGGAGGAGCAGCGCCUGGCCGACAUCGCCUCAGACAUGCUCCUGGAGUACAUGGGCCGCAAGCAGCAGACAUCCUUCAUGAAGCAGCGUCAGAAGGCCAGCAUCCUGGGUAACGGGGCCGAGGACAAGCGCUCCAAUGAGGUGGAGAGCGACGAUGACGACGACGGUGACCUCGACCUCCAGACCAUCGACCGGCUGAUUGAGAUCUCCAGCAAGCUGCACCUACCUGCCGACGACGUGGUAGAGAUCAUCAGUGACGUUGAGGAGAAAAAGAGGAGGAAGGACUCCCCAGCGGCCAUCGUCCCACGCUUCCGGCCCCUAGUGGGCCCCUCCAGACCCCAGAGUCCUGUUUACAAAUACCCUCCCACCCCCAAAAUCUCCAAACCCUCCAAGAGUGUCAAGCCAUACAAAAAAUGGUACAAGGAGAAGGGCAAAUCCAAGGGGUUCAAACAGGAUUACUGGUUUAAGCCAGCCAAACAAUUUAUGGCCUAUCCAUCUUAUCCAUACUACCAGAAGCCAUACCGGGCCUAUUACCCUGUGUACUUCCCCCCUCCUAAGCCUCGCCUCUAUUCAAAGCCAGCAUUUGCAUACGAUUACAACUUUGAGGACUCACUGGACUAUGGCCUCAAGCCGCCCAAGCGCAGGAACAUGAACAAGCUGAAGGGCAAAGGCCAGAGCUGGAAGGUCAUGUCUCUGGGCCCCCCCACCCCUUACCUUUCCAAUUACAUUCUGCCCCAUCCCCGGACAUACUACCCUCUCCCCAUGCCAAAACCACAGCCCCCGUACUACCCUCUCCCCAUGCCAAAGCCACAGCCCUCGGCAAACAGGAGACCUUCGGCUUCCUUCCCUUCCCUCUACUACCCCCCAGAUUAUGACAACGGUGAUCUGGGAGAGAAGCAGGAGAGCGAUGAAGAGCUGGAGAACUUUAUGGAGAAAAUCUACUUUCACCGUCGAAUCUUUUAGUGGAAUCUGACUGCUGAGGUAAAUGGAGUGAAUAGAGGUUGAUAAGAGGGGGGAGGUAUGUGUGUGUGUUGGGGGGAGGGGGGGGGGGUGUUGGAUUAUUUUGUUAAUGUUAAUGUUGUUAUGUUAUGAUGGUGUCAUUCUUAAUUUAGCCUGUAUUAAAAGAAUAAAUCAGGACAGGAGGAGAUGUCAUCAUUCACAUUUUGAAUACGUCUCUCUCACAGUUUACAUAUUCUUUGGGUGAGAGAAUGCUAUGCUGUAUGCAUCAGUACACGCCAGGGGAGGAGAGUUUUCACUCUGGUCUGGCUCGCAGUCACUUGCACAUGUGAAGCCUUAGGCAUACCGCAUGCAGGAGACUUAUGUUUACACAUGCAGGUGGAUUUAGGUUCAUCUUCAUUCAAAAUGUGAUACUACCCAAAUGUUCAUACCAAAGGUAUCACAUUUUAAACCAUAGAUUUUAUUUUCCUUGAACAGUAUUGAGGGGGUAAUAUCAUGCCAGUUUUAUUUUCCUGUUGAAAUAUUGUUAUAAUAUGAUGCAAAUUACAAAUACCACUCAUCUGCUGUCUGAGUUCUUCUUUAUACAAUGUGUACUUAUGUAUUCUUACAUAAAAGUUUGAAUAUGAUUGAACAAACAUUGUAUUGCCCAUAUUGAUAUUUUACAUUGAUAAUCAAAACGUCUAUGGAAUUGAAUUAAUGAAACUUUGUACUUUGUUAUACUACAUUGUCAUUUAUUAUUUAAGUUAUUAAUUUAUUACAAUUUUUUUCACUCAUUAAUCUACUUCUUUGACUCAUAUCUGGGAUCAUUUGCCAUUGCAUUUACACAUCAAGUCCUGGAAUAAAUAAUAUAUUGCCCCAGAGUUCUUAAUCUUUCAUAUCUCCUGUGUUUAAAAACCCACUGAAAAAUAUUAUGUUUACACUGUCACUUUGCCAACAAGUACAGAAAUGUUGUUCCCAUGAUCAAAAUAAAUCUUAAAUCUUGUAAAAUAUGGAGAGAGGGGGAGAGGAGAGAAGAGAACAGAGGUUAGAGUUUGCACGUGUGUCUGUACUUGCAUCUUUAAAAAAAGAAUACAAAAAAAAAUCAAUCAAAGAGAAGCUUUUUUCCUUUGAAUAUAUGUGAUCAGAAAAAAAAAUAAUAAAGAAAGAACAUUUCUAAUGAUGACUACUAGUGUCUGAAAAAAGUCCAGUCUUGUGAGAGGAGUUUUGUUGUUGAUGUCAACUUCCAGAUUGUAAGUUGCACCGUGUCCAAUAAACAAUUGUGUGCUAUGUGUAAAUAAAAGCAUGAUGAUUACUAGUUUUGCUAUAUGACAGAAGAAAUAAAAGCAAUUAUUUUAUUAAAGGUCCAGUUUUAAAA